AAGGCAACAACCGACAUGGCAGCGUCUGCAGGCCAGGCCCGCUCUGCUCGCCCGCGCCGGUACCGGCCACAAGCGGAACGCCUACCCACAGUGCCCCGCGGCGCGCACGCGCGCAAGCAGCCGUUCCCAGCUUGCAGCGCUGCGCGGCGGCCGAGCCGGCAGCGGGCCGCCUCUGGCAGCCCCGGGCCAGGCGCCCCCGUCCCCAGCAGCGGGGGUAAGAUGGCGCUGAAGAGGAUCCAGAAGGAAUUAACUGACUUGCAGAGGGACCCCCCUGCCCAGUGCUCUGCAGGACCUGUGGGAGAUGAUUUGUUCCACUGGCAAGCCACCAUCAUGGGCCCGAAUGACAGCCCUUACCAAGGAGGCGUUUUCUUCCUGACCAUCCACUUCCCUACGGAUUAUCCUUUCAAGCCCCCAAAGGUUGUUUUCACAACCAAAAUUUACCAUCCCAACAUCAACAGCAACGGCAGCAUCUGCCUUGACAUCCUGCGGUCCCAGUGGUCUCCGGCCCUGACUGUGUCAAAAGUUCUCUUAUCCAUCUGUUCUCUGCUCUGCGACCCCAACCCUGAUGACCCUCUGGUGCCAGAGAUAGCCCAUACCUACAAGGCUGAUAGAGAGAAGUACAACAGACUAGCAAGAGAGUGGACACAGAAAUAUGCUAUGCAGAACAGAAGAUACGGAAACUUUUAACAGGUGCGAGCACUCCAGUAAAGGGACCCAGGCCCCAACCUACCUCACCAGCACGCUCACAGCAGCAGCCUGGAGCCAUGCAGGCAGGCACACUGGCUCCCCUCAGGCCUGGUGGUCUUCCCAGCCAGUCUGCUGGCCUCAUCAUGACCACCACUGGGGUUUCUCUUCUGUUGGCAGAGGGAUUUUAUUAAAACUAAAAAGCUAAGAAAAUCUGCAAACCCGCUCUCAAACCAAAUAGUGGUUUCUUGACUUUCCUAAAAAAUGUCACAUCCCCAUCUUACGCCGUCUCUACCCCACUUCUCCCAGGCGCCUAAUCCUUACCUUCAGAUAGGCCCACUUGAGCUGUUCCAGCUCCCUGCAACAGAGCUUACCUCUGGGUGCACGGGCUUGGCCGGGCUCCACUUCAGGGGGCAAUGACAGAAUUGCUCUGUCAGAGCCUGCCUCUCACCCGUGCUGCCCACCCCACCACAACCACAGUAGCUCAAGGGGCCAGUCUUGGGGAAUGUCCAUCACUGCUGGCUGUCAUCACUUUCUCAUGACUUUAGGUAGCUUUAUCAAGGCAAUGACUGAGCAAGUACAAGGUGUGAAGGGGAGGGGGAAGGAAGAGAAUUAUGCAAAGAAAGGAACUACACAGGCCUCAGGAAGGAACUAAAACUAGGGUAGGGCCUGAUGGAUGGACAGGGAGGAGGGUUCUGCAGGCAGAGGACUGUGUUCCCCAACAAGCACAGCACAUUCUGGGGGCUCACCCAGCACCUGGCCCCAGAAUUGGGGCCCUGUUACCUUCUGGGUGUCACAGGGCUCACCUUUCUGGAGAAUCAUUAAAGGCAGAGGAGUGCAGGAUGAAUGGCAAUUUUCAUAUUAAGUGGAUGGCAUAGUUCAUAUAAGCUGGUGUGUAAAACCAUUUCACACCCUAGACUCCCAGGUAAACACAGCAGCGUCACUGGGCUGGGGACUUCUUAGGGUCCAGGACAGAGGCACAGAGCUGCAUCUAUCCCUUGAUCCACAUGAAGAAAGGAAUGGAAUGACAUUAGGCCUGGGCCCAGCCUCAUGUCAAAGCUUGUUCCAAGGAGCAGUAAUGACCUGGCCAGGGCACUAGAAGGCCAGGAGUGCUUAAUGGGCAAAAUGAUCUACCAGCUCCAGAAACAAGGAUGCAGAUGGAGGCAUUGGCGGUAAAGUUGGGGGUGGCAGAGGCAAGGGGUGAAAGGCUAACUACCCUUCUGAGGGAACUUGGCUGUUUCUUCCUUCUGUGUCAAAUAUCCAGCAGUAGGAAUAAUCUGGUGGUCCAGUGGUUAGCAGUCUGUGCUUCCACUGUAAGGGUCACAGGUUCAAUCCCUAGUCGAGGAACUGUGAUCCCACAUGCCAUGUGACCCGAAGCAAGCUCAGAACACCAUCCUGAAACAGGAGGAACUAACAAUAAGCUGUCAACAUCUUUGGGUUUAAAAUGUUGGCAGAGUUGUAGUUAAACUGCAAAAUCCCCAUCACCUGUACCUUCUGUUCCCUUUGAACCUUUUAGAAUUUCUGCCGACUCCUUGCUGUGGGUUCAUCUGUCUACAACAGGGAGCUUGGCUGAUGCACACAUGUCUCCAGGUCUUUGAGGUCGAGGCUUCAGCAAGGCUGGAGAAGCUACAGGCCCUCACAGCAAGAGCUAUGUGAGCAGCAAGUAUGCCCUCUCUGUUAAGGGUUAGGAUGGCAGGAAAGAGCACUGCUUCUCCUGAAGGAGGCGGCUUUGCCCUUUCUGUGAGACACCAUAUACUGACUUGUCGCAGCCCCUCAUAGCCAAGCCUUAAAUGACAAGCAGACCACGUUGGCCAUUCCCUACCCGCGGGCCUGAGUCACAGAUCAAGCUCAAGACUGCAGCCUUCCCACCUUUCAACCCUUGACUGCUUACCCUCUGUUUAAAUCAUAACAGGGAUUCAACUAGGAAGGUUUGGGGGUUUUUGUUUUGUUUUUAAUCUCUCAAGAUGUGAAGUAUUUGUUUACUGGGUUCCACUUACUAUGCAGCAUAAAUAAGUUUUCUUUUUAGGGCAGGAAAAUCAAUGAUUUCAUUUCUCCCAUUCUGUAGUAAUGUGGCCAUGUGUGGCUGGAGCAUAGAGAUAUAAUCCUGGUGGUUUUUAAGAAAAUUAUUUUCUUGCUAACUGACACUUCUGUGGAUGAAGACUUUGAAUAAAAACCUAUUAUUUUC